AUGUCGUCCUUUGCAGUGAAAGACCGUCCGGAGCUAGAGGCCAAGUUUGCAGAGCGAGUGCAGGCUGCAAUCAAGUACGCAAGGACGAUAGAAGAUUUUGGUGAGCUGAUUGAUCCACGUACCUUAGCUCGUCACUGUCUGGGACCAGAACCUUCCCUCUACGUACUCAGUACCCUCGACCGUGAAGAGAGAAAACAAAUGACGUCGAAAUUUAAUAAGGAGAUGUAUGACAAAAUUAAGGGCAAAAAGAAUGAGCCCCUUUCCAGCAUAGGCCAGAAGAGGCUGAGAAUCACAGAUAGGGAGAAGGAGAAAGAGGUGGUGGAGAGAGGGUCGUCCACACCUACCCUUGAUCUGAAAGAGGGUCUAGCUGCAUCUCCUGGUAUUUCAAUUGAGGAGGUGGCUCGUCCUUCGAAGAAGCAGAAGGCUGCUAAUAAGGGGAAAGGGAAGGUUGGUGCCAGCAUUUGGUCAGACGCUGGGACGGCCAUGGACCUUGCCACCGAGCUUUUUACCCCUGGUGAGAUGAGGGAAGUCACGAGCAUUCCUUCACACGAGAUGGUGAGCCGCCACGUUCAUAAGCUUGUGCAGGUGUUGGGGGAGACCAUGCACAUCACUACUCAGUAUUUAGCGAAUGAAGAGAAGGCCGUCGUGGCCAACUCAAAGGUAGAAGCUUUGGAGGCUGAGGCUUCUGGUUUGCGGAAGGAUUUGAUCACGACCAUGGAUUCUCUCAACGUUUCCAAGGAGCAGGUUCGUGUGCUGACGGAGCAGCUGGACGUCGAGAGACAAUCUGUGAAGCAGAAGGACGAACUACUAGCGGCGGCUGCUCAUAAGAUGAAGGUUGCAGUGGCCAAGGCCGUCACUGCUUUCCAAACCACUGAAGAAUAUAACACCAUUCUCUUCCAGUGGUACUUCAAAGGGUUCGAGCUGCUGCGAAGGUAUUUGGUCAAGCAUGGUCCUGCCGUGAGCCUUGACAACUUAGACUUUGAGGCCGUUGAUAAGGAGAUUGAGGCGGACGAGGCGGCUCAAGCAGGGGCGUCUACCGAUGUUGAACCACCUCAGGCCACCCAGGACGAUGAUAUUGCCCCUCCGGCUUAA